AUGCCUGCACGGCCUAUUUCUCUUUCUGCUCGUUCACGCUGCUUACUUCGCAGCCAACAGCAUGCCCAGCGCCAGGCGUUCUCGACGCGAAGCGCCCUCUGCGGCGCCCACGAGCCACAUUAUGACCCACCGACUGGCUGGCUCUUUGGCGUUAAACCAGGCCAUAAAUACGUAAAAGAAGGAUGGGAAGGACUAUGGACGUAUGGAUUUGUGGGGAGUCUUGUUGUUGCGGGGAUUGCAUAUGCUUUUAAGCCAGAUACUUCGAUACAAACGUGGGCUUUGGAAGAAGCAAGACGGCGACUCGAACAAGAGGGUAUUCUUGAAGACCCAGAUAAUGUACAGAAGAAGUAA